AUGCCUUCCUCCUCCAAAGCCCUAGGCGAGCUCCUCCGCUCGCCGAAGCGUCUCCGCCCGAUCUCCCUCUCCCCGAAAUCCAUGACCCUCAAAUCCCCCCUCUCCACCCUCCACGCCCCUCCUCUCAUCGCCGGUGAACACCCCUCCGCACUCACGUCGGAGCAGGCGAAGAGGGCGAAGAGGGUCGACGCCGGCCGAUCCCUUUCCCGAUGGAAGCGGAACCUCAGUAUCUGUUCCGAAAGGAUCGCGACAAGGAAAGGUACUCAUUCCGAUCCCUAUGUGAAGCUGGGAGAGCUCUUGGUCGAGGAGACAUGGCUGGAGGCUCUCCCCAGCGAACUUCAGAAACCCUACACGCAGAACCUGUGCAGGUUUGUGGAGAUGGAGAUGCGCGGCAGCGUCCCUAUCUACCCUCCGCCCCACCUUAUAUUUAAUGCUCUUCAUUUGACUUCCUUUGAUGAAGUCAAGGCAGUCAUUAUUGGACAAGUAGACUCCUUGACCUGA